AUGCUUAUUGAUCAUGUGGCUGAGCCUCAGCCUCUUCUCCAGCUGACCCCACUUGGGAAUUCCAGUGACAAACUUUAUAAAGCUGCAGAAUCAUUUGAAAUUUCAAUGGCUUCAAGAGUGGAGAUUGAUGAAGAUAGUGAUACCAACAAAGGCAGUAUGUGGGUUUUGGAUCAGAAGCUUGACCAACCCAUGGAUGAGGAGGCUGGCAGGCUUCGAAAUAUGUACAGGGAAAAGAAGUUCUCUGCACUAUUGCUUAUGCGGCUUGCAUUCCAAAGUCUUGGAGUGGUUUUUGGAGAUUUGGGUACUUCUCCCUUGUAUGUUUUCUACAACACGUUUCCUCAUGGAAUUUCAGACCCGGAGGAUGUGAUUGGAGCUCUUUCAUUGAUUAUAUACUCUCUUACUCUUAUUCCGCUCCUCAAGUAUGUGUUCGUUGUUUGUAGGGCGAAUGACAGCGGUCAAGGUGGAACAUUUGCUCUUUAUUCAUUGCUCUGCCGACAUGCAAAUGUAAAAACUAUUCCUAACCAACACCGGACUGAUGAAGAGCUAACAACGUAUAGUCGUUCUACUUUCCAUGAACAAUCAUAUGCUGCAAAAACCAAGAAGUGGUUGGAGGGGCAUGCAUCAAGGAAGAAUGCCCUUCUUCUUCUGGUCCUCGUUGGCACUUGUAUGGUGAUCGGUGAUGGGAUUCUUACUCCAGCUAUAUCUGUUUUAUCAGCUGCUGGCGGGAUCAAAGUAAGCAGCCCUGGCAUGAAAAAUGAUUAUGUCAUACUUGUUGCUGUUGUAAUAUUAGUAGGCUUGUUUAGCGUACAGCACUAUGGUAUUGGCAUUUUCAACAUCUGGAAACAUGACAGUAGUGUUUUGAGAGCUUUUUCGCCUGUCUAUAUAUAUCGGUAUUUUAAAAGGAAUGGGAGAGAUGGUUGGACUUCCCUUGGAGGUAUCAUGCUUAGUAUAACAGGGACUGAAGCACUCUUUGCCGACCUUGCCCAUUUUCCAGUUUCAGCUGUACAGAUUGCUUUCACUACGGUUGUGUUUCCUUGCCUUCUUUUAGCCUAUUCUGGACAAGCUGCGUACCUUAUGAAAAAUCAUGACAACAAAACUGUGCUUCAAGCAUUUUAUCUUUCCAUUCCAGAGAAAAUAUAUUGGCCAGUCUUCAUUGUUGCGACUCUAGCUGCAGUAGUUGCAAGUCAAGCAACCAUAUCGGCGACUUUUUCAAUAAUUAAGCAGGCUCUUGCACUUGGCUGUUUUCCUAGAGUCAAAGUUGUACACACAUCAAAGAAGUUCCUCGGCCAAAUAUAUAUUCCAGAUAUUAAUUGGAUUCUUAUGAUUCUUUGCAUUGCUGUGACUGCUGGAUUCAAAAAUCAAAGCCAAAUUGGAAAUGCGUAUGGGACGGCAGUUGUCGUGGUCAUGCUAGCAACCACACUGCUCAUGACUCUAAUCAUGAUAUUAGUGUGGCGCUGUCAUUGGAUUCUCGUGCUGAUAUUCACUGGUUUGUCACUGGUUGUGGAAUGCACUUACUUUUCUGCUGUCCUCUUCAAGGUUGAUCAAGGUGGAUGGGUUCCUCUUGUGAUUGCAGCUGCCUUUCUUCUCAUCAUGUAUGUUUGGCAUUAUGGUACAUUGAAACGUUAUGAGUUUGAGAUGCACAGUAAGGUUUCAAUGGCAUGGCUUCUUGGACUAGGCCCCAGUUUAGGACUGGUUCGGGUCCCUGGGAUAGGACUUGUGUACACCGAGCUUGCAAGUGGAGUGCCUCACAUCUUUUCCCACUUCAUCACCAACCUGCCUGCGAUCCAUUCUGUUGUCGUCUUUGUUUGUGUGAAGUAUCUUCCUGUGUACACUGUCCCAGAAGAAGAAAGAUUCCUUGUAAAGCGGAUUGGCCCAAAGAGUUUCCACAUGUUCCGUUGCGUUGCAAGAUACGGUUACAAAGAUCUCCACAAGAAAGAUGAUGACUUUGAGAAAAAACUCUUUGAUAACCUUUUCAUGUUUGUCCGGCUCGAGUCCAUGAUGGAGGGGUGUUCAGACUCGGAUGAGUACAGUAUAUAUGGCCAGCAAACUGAGAGGUCAAGGGAAGGCCUAAUAAAUAAUAAUGACAACACAAUUGGAUCGACUGCAGACCUUACUAUCUCAUCAGUGGACUCAAUUGUGCCUGCUAAAUCUCCAUUGCAUGCAAACAAUACUAUGAGUUCAUCCAGUCAACUGAGCAUGCAGAAUGAGAUUGAUGAGCUAGAAUUUUUGAAUAAUUGUAGAGAUGCUGGGGUGGUGCAUAUACUUGGGAACACGGUUGUGAGAGCAAGGAGGGAUUCCAGGUUCUACAAAAAGAUAGCUGUUGAUUACAUUUAUGCAUUUCUUAGAAAAGUUUGCAGGGAGCACAGUGUGAUCUUCAAUGUUCCUCAUGAGAGUCUUUUGAAUGUUGGACAGAUUUUCUAUGUGUAA